CAAUUUAUUAAGGACUUUCAGCUGAAUCAUCUUACUGGUACUCAGUGGCUUAUGUCCCAGGAAGCAGAAACUCAAUAUGAAGAGCAGAUUGGUAAAAUUAUUGUGGAGACACAAGAACUCAAAUGGCAAAAGGAAACUCUUCAGAAUCAAAAGGAAGCAUUAGCAAAGCAACACAAAGAAACAAUGGCAGUUUUUAAAAAGCAGUUGCAAAUGAAGAUGUGUGCCUUGGAAGAAGAGAAGGGAAAACAUCAACUUACUAUAGAAAUAAAAGAAAAAGAAAUAGAAGGAUUGAAGGAAACAUUAAAAGCAUUACAG